AUGUCUGACAGUAAAAGUCUGAGGAUAUCUCCAGUCCCCUCCCUUGGGAAAGGUGACGUACAAGUUUAUACAUCUGCAGGUCGUAUCAGAUCUAUUCGUUCGAGAACUGGAGCAGGUGAGGUAAAUUACAUCAAUGCAGCUACCUCUAAUGAUGAUAAUCAGUUGUUGGCAGAAAUUGGGUAUAAGCCUGAACUGGAAAGAAAAUUUUCCACUUUACAGGUCUUCGGUAUUGCAUUCUCAAUCAUGGGUCUAUUGCCCUCGAUUGCCAGUGAACUAGAUGACGGUCUUGCUGGUGGUCCAGUUUCUACAGUUUGGGGGUGGUUUAUUGCCGGUAUCUUCAUCUUUUUAGUUGGUGUAACCAUGGCCGAGAAUUCAAGCGCAAUUCCAACGGCCGGUGGUCUUUAUUUCUGGACUUAUCAUUAUGCGCCUGAAGGUUAUAAAGCAGCGAUAUCGUUUGUAAUUGGUAUUGGAAAUUCGUUAGCUUUGGCUGCAGGAGUUUGUUCCAUCGAUUACGGAUUUGCAGAAGAGGUGCUGGCCGCCGUUGUUGUUUCCAAAGAUGGGAACUGGGAUAUAACCCAAGGUAAAUUGUAUGGUGUGUAUGCGGGAUGUGUGAUCCUCACCAUCAUGGUAACGUGUGUUGCAUCGGGAUGGUUAGCAAAGAUGCAAUCCAUUAGUAUCUACUCGAAUUUGUUUAUCAUCGUGUUAUUUUUGAUUGCCCUACCCAUUGGUACGAAGGUUAAUCGUGGUGGAUUUAACGAUGGGAGCUUCAUCUUUGGCAAAUUUGAGAACUUGAGCGAUUGGUCUAACGGCUGGCAAUUUUUCUUGGCUGGGUUUACACCUAUUGUUUGGACUAUUAGUUCUUUUGAUUCCUGUGUACAUCAGGCAGAAGAAGCAAAGGAUGCCUCCAAAGCUGUCCCCAUUGGUAUUAUGGGGUCGAUCUUUGUAUGUUGGAUCUUAGGAUGGGUUAUUAACAUUGUUUUGAUGGCAUGUAUUGAUAAGGACAUGAACCGUGUUAUGAAUAGCCCUUACCAAUUGGGUAUGGCACAGAUUAUAUUUGAUUCGCUGGGUAAAAACUGGACAAUUGCAUUUUUAGCUCUAAUGGCCUUCUGUCAAUUUUUGAUGGGAGCAUCCUCCAUGACUGCAGCUUCAAGACAAAUAUGGGCUUUCGCAAGGGAUGACGGUAUGCCAUUAUCCAACAUUUUGAAGAAGGUUGAUUCUAAAUUCCAUGUUCCCUUUUAUGCUUCUAUCUGUAGUGGGCUAAUGUCCUUAGUUUUAGGUCUAUUGAUUCUAAUCGAUGAUGCUGCCGCUGAAGCACUUUUCAGUCUUGCCAUCGCAGGUAACUAUUUGGCGUGGGUAACUCCCAACUUCUUAAGACUUACCUGGGGCAGAGAUGUCUUCAGACCUGGUCCGUUUUAUUUGGGUAAAUUUUGGUCACCGGUGGUCAAUUGGACCACAGUGGUUUUUAUGGCAUUCAUCAUCAUUAUGGUUAUGUUCCCAACUCAAAAGAAUGGCAUUAACAAGGAAAAUAUGAACUACGCUUGUGUCAUUGGACCUGGUACCUGGCUCCUCUCACUGAUAUAUUACUGGGUCUACAAGAAAAAGGAAUACCAUGGUCCUAAAUCCAACUUGGACGAUGAAGAGUAUGCUGACGCUGUUGGACCUGAAGUUUUGGACGCUAUUCUGUCUACCGAUUACAGUACAGGUUACAAGGCUGUGUGA